AUGCUGCAGCUGCCCCCGGGCGCCCCCCCGCCGCCUAGCCGCGGAGCAGCGCGGAGGCCAGCCCGCGAGUUAACCCGAGCCAGCGGCCCGGAGCCAGCCGGCGGGCGUCCCGGAGGCGGCGGCGCAGGGAGGGCCCGACGCGCGCACGUGGCCCCGGCGGCCGCCAUGGCGGACAGCGGCCCCGCGGGGGGCGCGGCGUUGGCAGCCCCGGCCCCUGGGCCGGGCAGUGGUGGCCCAGGGCCCCGCGUCUACUUUCAGAGCCCCCCUGGGGCUGCAGGCGAGGGCCCAGGCGGCGCGGACGACGAGGGCCCAGUGAGGCGCCAAGGGAAGGUCACGGUCAAGUACGACCGCAAGGAGCUACGGAAGCGCCUCAACCUGGAGGAGUGGAUCUUGGAGCAGCUCACUCGCCUCUACGACUGCCAGGAAGAGGAAAUACCAGAGUUGGAGAUUGAUGUGGAUGAACUCCUGGACAUGGAAAGUGAUGAUACCCGGGCUGCCAGGGUCAAGGAGCUGCUGGUUGACUGUUACAAACCCACUGAGGCCUUCAUCUCUGGCCUGCUGGACAAGAUCCGGGGCAUGCAGAAGCUGAGCACACCCCAGAAGAAGUAAGGGUCCUCGACCCACAUGAAUGGUGGCUCCCACAGGACAAUCGCUGCCCCCCGACCUCGUAGCAACAGCAAUACCGGGGGGGCCCUGCGGCCAGGCCUGGCGCCAUGAGCAGGGCUCCCCGUGCCCCUGGCCCAGGGGCCUCUUCCCUGCCCCCUCAGUUUUCCAUUUUGGGGUUUUUUAUUGUUAUUAAACUGAUGGGACUUUUUGUGUUUUUAUAUUGAUUCUGCGGCGCGGCCCUUUAAUAAAGCUAGGAUAUGCCUUUGGUGCAGCUAA